GUUUGGCCGAAAUGAUUUGAUAUUGAGAUGAAAACGGCUGCAUUGGAUCUUUAAUCCUCAAAGAGGUGUCUGGUUUAUUCUUUGUCAGCUGUUUUAUUACGUAGUUCCGCCAAUCUCCAAGUCGGCUGAGUGAAGCUGUGGAUAGGAUGGCACUGACCCUAUUCUACUGUAAUGAAGCAGCUUCCGGGCACAGGGCACCAGCAGUAAACAUGGCGGAGGAGCUGUUGGAAGCGGUGGAGAGACUUCAGUCUCGGCUCUGCGAGAACUUAGAGCCUCGCAAGCUCCAGAAGACCCUCAAAAGGCUGGGGGAGCUGCCUAUGACUGUGGAUAUCCUUGUGGAAACUGGAGUAGGAAAAACUGUGAAUUCGUUCCGGAAACAUGAUCUUGCUGGAGAUCUUGCAAAGAGCCUUGUGGCCAAGUGGAAGAAACUGGUUCCCACCCCGUCUUCUGAAAGACCCGGCAACGCCAAGGACGUACGGACACAUGCGCACCCUCACAGCUCUGAGGGAAGGGACGUAAGCCACAAACGUGUCCGGGAACUAUCCCCGGAGGAGCCUCCUCAUGUAGAGGAGGAGGAUGAAGAGGAGGAGAUGAUGAUAGAGGAGGAGGAAAGAAGCUAUCGCACCAACUACUCCCCCUCCCCCCCUCAGCACCACUACAGCCCCCCACAGCUCGGCCACGGCGGCCAGCGAGGGGGAUACCAGUCUGAGGGCUACGAGAGCCCCAUGGAGGAAGAGCCAGAGCCCGCGCCCAGCCUCCCUCACAAAGAGGUCCGACACACCAAACCACACAAAGAGCCUGGCAGGGAGCAUCACGGUUCCCACGGCGACCGGGACGAGGAGAGGCGGCGACGUCAUGCGCAGGCGAGCGGCGGUGGCGAAGGGAAGAAGCGCAGCGCGGAGAGGGAACCGCAGCACAUUGGCAAGGCCUCCAAGCACAGUCGGCACUCCACCCCGCACGAGAGCAAGAAGGACAAGAGAGGUGGAAGUGACGGGAGGUCACGUGAGCCUAGGGACUCCCCUGUAUUAGUCCAAGUGACUGAGGAGCAGGCGGAAGAGGCAUUUGAUACCCCCAGCAUGUCGUUUGAAUCCUUCCUCACAUAUGACGCCCCUACGCCCACUAAGAAGAAGAAGAAGCCCGGCGGCAGCAGCAGUCGGCCCUCCUCCCACCACCACACACCUCCUCGUCCGCCUGUCCAGCCCUCGCCUGCUGCUCCUUCCUCCUCCAAGGAGUCCAAGCCCAGCAAGGCCAACGGGAGCCGCAGCAAGAGGGCUGAUCCAGCCCAGACCCCGACAGCAACGACUCCGGUGCCUGAGAAACGCCGGAAGGUGGUCGAGGUUGUGUCCACGCUUCCUGAUAUCUCUCUGCCGGCCAUCCAGCCUUACUACAGACCUCUGCCUUCCAUUGAUCUCACACCAUUGUCCCCUCAGCGACGUAAAGGUCCUGUGUCAAAUGACGCCGAGGAGGACACUGGCUUCACUGGGAGACGCUUUAACUCUAAAAUGACAGUCUACUCGGGUUCAAAGACGUCCUACCUGCCCAAGAUGAUGAGUCUGUAUGAGCAGUGCAUCAGGGUGCUUCAAAACAACAUUGACUCAAUUGAUGAGGUGGGAGGUGUACCAUUUGAGAUUCUGGAACCAGUACUAGAGCGAUGCACCCCAGAACAGCUCUACCGCAUUGAGCAGUGCAAUCAGUGUUUUAUGGAGGACUCUGAUGAGCUUUGGCAUCGCCACUGCCAGCGGGACUUCAAGCGUGAGACGCCCCAGGAGUACGAGUCGUGGCGGGAGAUGUACCUGCGGAAGCACGACGAGCGGGAGGAGCGCCUUCGUAAGCUCACCCAGAAUAUCAGUUCGGCCCAUGCCAACAAGCCCAAAGGUCGACAGGUUAAAAUGGCAUUUGUGAACUCCGUCGCCAAACCUCCGCGCGAUGUCCGCCGACGACAGGAGAAGUUUGGCACCACAAGCACCUCCACUGCCAGCUCCACUGCAGCUGCAGCUCCGAUCAAAAUAAGGCCAGCCUUGUCGUAUAGCUCUCACUCGGCUGAGCCCAGCCACUCCUCCUCUCACGACAGUCCCCCUGAGACAUCUCGCUCCUCAGGCCCGAGCGGUGGGGGUGGCCCCAGCGCCAGAGACAACAAACCACAGGUCAAAAAAAUCGCCCCCAUGAUGGCCAAAACUAUCAAAGCUUUCAAGAACAGAUUCUCCCGCCGAUAGAGCUAGAGAGAGAUGAAUGUAUGACGUGAUUGAGAGGAGAGGAAGAGAUUGUAGGAGCUAAGAUCUUUUUAAUUCAAUGAAUUAUGGGUCAUCUACAAACGCCCACCAGACAUGUGCACACACAUACAGUCGUGGCCAAAAGUUUUGAGAAUGACACAAAUAUAAAUAUUUUUGUCAGAUGUUACUAUGGAAUACUGAAGUAUAAUUACAAUCAUUUCAUAAGUGUCAAAGGCUUUUAUUGAGGCAAUUACAUGAAGUUGAUGCAAUGAGUCAAUAUUUGCAGUGUUGACCCUUCUUUUUCAAG